UGUUUUUUAGUAUUUCUUACAAACACAUUCAUUUCGAUAAAAGAUGACUACUUCGAAUUCGGAAAGAGCACCACUUUUAGGUGCUCAACUUCCAAGUGAUGGAAAUGUAGUGUCUUAUACCUAUACUCAGCAAAAUUGUACAAAUGUGACUUUGAAGGAUCGCUCAGCAGCAGCAUUAACAAAAAAAAAGUUAUGGUUUGCAGUUGGCUUGGCUUGUCUUUUCUUUACAACUGAAUUAAUUGCCGGAUAUUUUGCUAAUUCUUUAGCUUUAAUGUCCGACGCGUUUCAUUUGUUAUCAGAUGUUGCUAGUUUUAUCGUCGCUCUUGUUGCUAUUUAUUUGGCAGAGAAGCCAGCAACGAAAAAGCAUACAUUUGGAUUUCAUCGUGCAGAAGUGAUUGCUGCUUUAGUUUCUGUUUUGACUAUUUGGAUUCUUACAGGAUUCUUAGUAAAUGAGGCUAUUCAACGUAUAAAGAAUCCUCAAGUAAUCAAUGCUAAGUUGAUGUGCGUUACUGCUAUAAUUGGCGUUUUGGUAAAUGUCAUCUUGGCCUAUGUAUUAGGUGGACAUCAUCAUGGACACUCUCAUGAUGGACACUCUCAUGAUGAAGAAGACCAUUCAAUUACAACCAUUGGUAAUGAAACCAAUUCUCAUGUGCCUCAUAAGGAAACUAAUAUUAAUCUUCGAGCUGCUGCUCUUCAUGUUCUUGGUGAUUUAUUAGCAUCUGUUGGCGUCUUGAUUUCUUCAGUUAUUCUUAUUUUUAAACCCGAAUAUACCAUUGUUGAUCCAAUGUGCACCUUUUUGUUUUCAAUUUUAGUUUUAUAUACAACUUAUCAUCUCGUACAAGAUUCAUUAGCUGUGCUUAUGGAAGGCGUUCCUGGUAAUAUUCAUCCUGAUCUUAUUGAGAAAUCCCUUUUAGAAGUUCCUGGCGUUAUUGCUGUACAUGAUUUACAUGUUUGGACUUUGUCUCCUGGUAAAUACUCUUUGACUGCUCAUAUUAAAGUAGAUCAAAGCGUUUGUAGUUAUGAUGAGGUCUUAUCUAAAGGUCAACAUAUCAUUUGCGAUCUAUUUGGUGUACAUCAUUCUACUCUUCAAAUUGAAUCUGAUAAUACUGGUUUUACAAGUCAUUGUAACCCAGAAUUAUGCUCAGUUCAACAAACUCAUUAAAAAAAAAAAGAAGUAUAUAUUAUUUACAUUUUAUUAUUUCCAUACGUUAUAUAAUAAGCACGCAAAUCUUUGUUACAUUAUAAUCAUACAUACAUUUUUUUUUUUUUUUUUUGGGAGCGAAUAUGUAAUAAAAAUAUAACCUGUUUCUCUAA